AUGCACAAGGCAGCAGGGCAAAACGACGGUCUCGGCGGAGGAGGAGGAAAAGAGGAGAAAGGAGGCAAGAGAAAAACACCCCCUGGCAUCACGCCAACAAAGACCAUUCUCGCCAGGCUCUGGCUCUGGAAGACAGGUUUCCGGGCUGGCCAGGACCCAGCCUUCACGACAGGGGUUGGGAGGAUCCAGCGACCCGCUGUAGGAAGGAUGACAAAGAGAAGAGAGGCAGAAAAGGAAACAAAAAGAAGAAGAGGAGUACGACAUAUGCCAAGACUGUUCCUUGUUUGCGCCUUCUUUGUUGUUUUCGCUGUCCGUGUCGGUGUCGAUUCAUAUAAGAGUCUUUCUUUGUAG